AUUUAUUUUGUAAAAAUUUUCUAAAUAAAGAAGCUAGAAGGAGCUUAACCCUACAGAAGAUGGAAGAGCAGGAAAUAUCUAUUAGAAAGAGCUAUGAAUAUUCAAAAUUACCAAAAAAUUCGACUAACAUUAAACAAUUCAGGAAAAAUUUAGGAGAAAAUGAAACGAAAAGUUGUCUAUCCACCAACACAUCGAUGCACAUUGAAAUAGAUACAACUUUUGAAGGUGAUCAAUAUAAUAAAGAAUCAAAUAUUUUGUCAGAAACAUCAUGGUUCUCUAGAGAAUUUUUAGUUCAAUUUGCAAUUAUAUAUGUUGCAAGUUUGCUUAUGUUUAUAACUGGAAUGCAUACUGGUUGGGUCGGGCCAACAAUUAUAAAAUUAUCCUCAAAUCAUUCAGAAAUACCACUUUCAUCAACAGAAGUAUCUUGGUUAGCUGCAAUGGUACCUUUUGGUGGUGGAAUUGGUCCAAUAUUUGGUGCAAUAUUAGCCAACAAAAUCGGUCGUAAAAAUACCAUUUUAUUAACAGCUAUACCAGAAAUUUUUACAUGGAUUGCAGUUAUAUUUGCUAAAGAUAUUUAUUGCUUAUGUAUAGCACAAUUUAUUAGGGGUGUAACGGGCGGAUCUGCAUUUGCUGUUAUUCCCAUGUAUGUAGGAGAAAUAUCAUCACCAAAAUUCCGUGGAGUGAUGGGAAUGCUUUUUGUUUUACAACAUCAUGCUGGUCUGUUUUUCGAAACAGUACUUGUACCAUACGUUUCGAUAUAUACGAAUGCAUGGAUAGCAUUAACCAUACCCGCAUUUCUAGUAUUGGUAUUCGUUUGGAUGCCCGAAUCACCAUACUAUUUUUUAAUGAAAAAUCAACCAAAAAACGCCCGUAAAUCUUUAAGAAUAUUGACACAAAAUGACAAAAUUGAUAAACAAUUAGAAUGUUUAAAAAAAAAUGUUCAAGAAGAACAAAGUGAAGUGCAAAGUUUUAGCGAAAUAUUUCGAGCUAGAAAUAAUAGAAUUAGUUUUAUUCUAUGCCUAGGAGUGAUGUCCAUACAACAUUUUACAGGAUUGGUUCCUGUGGUCGUUUACGCUCAGCUAACCUUAGCAAAAUCAAAUUCACCUAUUGAUCCAAACAUAAGUGGAAUGAUCAUCCAAGGUUUUGGUGUAAUAUUUCUUUUUUUCGGAUGUUUUUUGGUGGAUUCGUAUGGUCGAAGACCAUUGUUACUAUGCUCUACUUUUGGAACCAUAAUUCCAUUUUUGUUAAUCGCAGUAUACUUUCAUUUAGAUUAUAUUAAAUACGAAUAUACCAGUUCGUAUUCACUUUUCCCACUUAUUGGACUGAUUUUGCAUCAAGUAACUGCACUACUGGGAAUUACUCCAAUACCAUAUGUUUAUAUAAGUGAAACAUUUUCUACGAAUAUUAAAAGUUUUGCUUCAUUGAUUGUUAUUUGUUAUGGAUCAAUCGUCAGUAGUGUGUGUAGCAAAAUUUAUCCCGAUAUAUGCACUGUUAUGGGAACACACAAUGUUUAUUAUUUGCUUGUAUGUGGAUGUAUUAUAAGUGGCAUUGCCACAUAUUUUUUACUGCCGGAAACAAAAGGAAAAACCUUACAUGAAAUCCAAAUUGUUUUAAGGAAAUAUUAAAUAUAGCGGAGGAUAAUAGCAGUCAUACUAUGGGAGAACUGGGAUAAUUAACAUUUUAAAUUUUCAUUAAGGAUAAUCAUUUUUAUUUACUAACAUGUCAAAUCACAUAAGAAGAAAUAGACUCUUAAGGACUGGAAGGGAGUGAGAAGGCAAGUGGUUCAGUUGAGCGAUAGAAAUUUUAGCAAACGCAUUUAUUGUGGGAGCGCAAAGGGAAGUAAAAGUUUGUGGUUCAGUUAAGCAAUUUAAUGAGACGUUGUGUAGAAAAGUUAUUGGAUCAAGUCAGCCGUAUAUGUCAAAUUUCGGCGUCAGCUGCGAGACAUGAGUCCUCCGUUUAUAAAGUAUGUUCUGUCUAACAAAUGUUGCAAUUUUUUUAUUUUACAAACCAUAGACAUAUUUUCUAGUAAGAUAAAUUUACAAAAAUCCUGAUAUAUU